CAAUAACCACUUUGGUUUCUCUUGAUUUCUCUACCAAGAUGCUAAGUGUGAUUAGAAGAAAACUUAGAUACAUUUAUUCAAGAGUAUUAUUUCUACUAUGGAAGCGUCCAAGGUCUAAAGUUGUUAUCAAAAGGUUUAGAAAACUGAAAUGCAACAACAAAACCAAAUCAACAAAAAGCAACUCAAAUGGCACUCAUCAUAAGUUAGUGGAGUGUGAUUCAAGAAAGCCAAUUAGAAUUUGCACAUUCAAUGUUGCUAUGUUUUCACUAGCACCAGCUGUUUCAGAACAUGAUGAUGAUUAUGUUAUGUCUAAUCAAAAGAAGAAAAACUCUAACUCUACAACAAGUGUUGAUUUUCCAAAGAGUAUACUAAAACAAUCACCAUUACAUUCUUCUUCUAUGAGUGUUUCAAGAACGAAUUCAAAGCAGGUUUCAAUUAACCUACCUGAUAAUGAGAUUUCAUUAGCAAAUAUUGGAAGUGUUUCUAGUAGAAGGAGUCAGGUACCGGCUAGGUCUCCGGUUUGUUUUCCUUUCGUGAUGAAUAUGGAUUACUGUGAUGAGGGGAAUGGGAGAUUUUGUAGCAGCAGAAGCAUUUUGGAAGUUCUUAGAGAGAUUGAUGCUGAUGUGGUGGCACUGCAGGAUGUUAAGGCUGAGGAAGAGAAGAGUAUGAGGCCUCUUUCUGACUUGGCUGAUGCUUUAGGGAUGAAAUAUGUUUUUGCUGAAAGCUGGGCUCCUGAAUAUGGAAACGCUAUUUUGUCGAAAUGGCCUAUUAAGAAGUGGAAAGUUCAGAAGAUUGCUGAUGAUGAUGAUUUCAGGAAUGUUAUAAAGGCAACAAUUGAUGUACCAUGGGCAGGGGAAAUAAAUUUGCACUCAACACAACUAGAUCAUUUAGAUGAGAAUUGGAGAAUGAAGCAAGUUAAUGCAAUAAUCCAUUCUAAUGACCCUCCUCACAUCUUGGCAGGAGGUCUCAAUUCUUUAUAUAGAUCAGAUUACUCAUCGCAGAGAUGGAUAGACAUUGUUAAAUAUUACGAGAAACUUGGUAAGCCAAGGCCAAUGACAGAAGUGAUGAAUUUCAUGAAAUCAAAGGACUAUGAUGAUGCAAAAGAUUAUGCAGGAGAAUGCGAACCUAUUGUCAUCAUUGCAAAAGGCCAAAAUGUGCAGGGGACCUGCAAGUAUGGAACUAGAGUGGAUUACAUUUUAGGUUCAUCAAACUCAUUCUACAAAUUUGUUCCAGGGUCAUAUUCGGUAAUUUCUUCUAAAGGAACUUCUGAUCAUCAUAUAGUGAAGGUAGAUGUAAUGAAAGUAAGUGUUCCUCAGAAUAAAGUAAUCAGACAAUGCAGGAAAUUGAAGAGGAAGGUUGUCAGAAUAGCACCACCUUGUUCUACAAGAGGUGUAUGGGAGUUAACACCACCUCCUAAACUACUUGUUCCAUAAAAUUUCUUUAUUGAUAAGAGAUUUUAUAUGAAUAUUGUCAUUCUUCUUUUAUUUUCUUGUACCUUAUGGAUGCUUCAAAGAGUUAGAAUUCACUUCAUGUAAUGUUGAUUCUGUAGAUAAUAUUAUUGCCCUCCUUCU